AGUACAACCAUUCACAUUUUCUCCUCGCCCAUUACCCUUCUCCCAAAUAUUCAAACGAUGGCCUGGCCCUAUCCUUGAAACACUUUCGUCGUGUAGCUCGUCGAAGUUACAAGAACAAAAAUUCAUCUCCAAGCCUCCAAGGUGGCGUACACAAGCGACAAGUCUUACGCCAUAUCUAUUUUGCGAACUCACAGUUCUCUUAAUCCAAACGCAGAAUAAGGAAUAAAGCUCCGGGAGCCUUUGCCUACGAUAAAGUAUAGGGAAAAUGGCUACCAGCUCCGAUUCUGCGGCCGCAGAAGUGGCAGAUUGUAUACAUGUGGAUGGCACAGAACAUAAGGCGGUCGACAUAGGAAGUGGUGGAAAUGUCAUUUUAGAAGUUUUGUUUGAAAAUACGAAAGCUUGUACAAAGUCGAUACCGAAUGACAUGAUUCAAAAGCUACGGACAUCCAAAACCCCUUUUCCGUCAGCAAGAGUGUUCUAUCGUAUUCGUCUCGAUACUUUGAAAAAGCACUCCAAGUACUUCGGACAUCUUCUUGGUUCAGAUGCAUUUGAAGAAGGUCGGGCUAUAUCUGCCAAAUUUGCAGAGUUGUCUCUAUCGAGAAAAGAUGCUUCGAAGCUACCGGCAGAAGAACUCCCUAGGAUACAAAUAAAAGAUGAGGAUUAUGCAACGAGAACCAUUGGAAGGGAAACAGUUUUCCAUGACAUGCUCAGAAUAAUUCAUGGCAUGGAUCAUUCCAGCAAGUCUAUUACUCUUCUCUAUAUCGUUAUCUUGGUGGUUAUGGCAGAUAGAUAUGAUUGCAUGGCUACGAUUGCACGAUACAUCACAGGCAGAUUCUCAAAUUUCCGAUACCCACCAACCCUUGAAAAAACUACGGAAGAAGUCGUGAGGCAAAAGAUUAUUAUUUUUUACCAUACAAAUCAAGCAUUGCGGUUGUCCACUGCCACAAAGGAACUCAUUAUUCGAGGUUCAUCUCGUUGGUCGAUUUAUGAGGAAGCGGAUUCUAACUUUGCUGCGGCUUGGUGGGAUCUGCCAGAAGAUCUGGAAGGUGCGCAACACUUUUUGCAAGUUACUUUUGAAGACAUAACUAAUAGUUUGCAGCUGAGCUUUCAUAUCGCCGAUCUCGCAUUAUUCUAACGAUAUCCUCUCUCCAGACAAAUUUACUUUCAUUAUACACGUCUCGAAAACAGCAAUGUAAAUUAGGCUAUGAUUCGUCAGCAGCAUGCGAUUCCUUCCAGCUUGGUGAAAUGGUGAAAUUCCUCACGAAGAAAAAUCUCCUCUCGCUCAUUCCAUUCCAAGCGGUCUCUCCAGACGACCCUGAAUUCCUUUGGCCAAAAGCAUAUGAUGGUGAUGCUGAGCAGCUCAUUACCUUGUUACGACAAUGCCCAAGUUACCAAAUUGAUAAGAAUCAUGGUCAUUGUGGUUUACGUAGUAAAUUACUCCCUGCCUUGGACUAUAUCAAAGAGUGUAUGGAUGCUGGCAUCGGCAUCAAGGUCCAAUUAUGGAAAACAGAGAGAUCCACCCAGACUUGGAUUCCUAGUCCUUCGGCAAACAACGGCAACGCUAAGAAAGCAUUCGUUGUAGGAGGCAUGGCAGUAGGAGAGGAAAGAGAAGGAAAAUUCUUCGACUUUAAAAGCUUAAGUAGAGACGAUCUUACGCUUGGUGCCAGAUCACUCGGUGUAGAAAAAGCGGCGAAGAAGCUGUUUCUGGCUGAGAAGUGGGACUGGGUAAGGGAAGUAGAAACCGAAAAAGAGAAAGAGAUGAUGUCAAAAUCUUCAUUUUUUAGAUUUUGAGGAUAGCGGAACUACGAUCAAUAGCUAGACACGCAGAGUAGCCAUUCGACAUGACAUCCUUUGUGCUGUAUUCCCCUGUCCUCGGUUGUCCAGGUCGGUUGUACGGCCCGGAGAACGACAUACAGAAGUGGAUCAUGCCAUCGAAAUGGCCGAUCUUCGAAAACAUUGCCAACAUCCGGGGUAAAACUUCAUUCAAUAUGGAGUUUUAAUUCAGUCAGAUGCAUAAUGCCAACAACUGACCUCAAAUUUACUUUCGAAACACACGUCCGGUCUCACUCAAAGGCAUCGCAUCAAAUUGAUUAGUUGAAAAGGAGAACUUUAAAGGCACUGACCCACAAGAGGAUAAAUUAGUUAAGCAACCAUAAUCAGAAACAAAGUUUUUGACACCGAUACUUGAAGAAUGUUUCUUUACGUUCCGAAGUAAUAACGUGGGCCAUCAAUAGGGCCAUGUAGGCCACUAGAGCAAUGUAAUAAUUUUAAGUUUGUCUCCGCAUGGGGAUGAAUGGGAAGAAUGGGAUGACUUGAACUUGAAUGAGCGAACUAUUGACACGGAGAUUUGAAAGUAAUUAGGUUUCUACGUUUACACUGUAGAGAACAGAACAUGCUUACACGGAACGUUGAAGAAGUUCUCCGUAAUACAGGAGGUUAUUGAUAGAGAAGUUUCACAUAGAGAAGCUUAGAUAUU